CUAUAGACGCGUAUUUUUAGGACCUAAUCUUGCGGCACGCGAUAGAACGGUUAAGCAACGAAACGUAUCUCGAUGUAUGGAAAAAUUUUGACCAAGACUACAACCGUACGUUCGUGGAAGUAAUAUCAGUCUUGCCAGAAAUCAAUUGACCGCGAUUCGAUCGAUCUUGGGAAAUAAUUUAUUUUUACAUUUUCUUAAUAAAUUUUCGUACAACGUACGUUCGACGUUGAUUACAGCAGACGUUACAGCACCGUAUACAUUUAUAGAAAAUAGCGUUUUACAUAGAGAAAGAAGAAAACGAAAGUUCGACGGGAGGAUAAUGCGUUCGAAUAAAACUGGAUGCGUCGUCUAGUCUUUUCUGGAGCAACGGAAUGAGCAUGCAUGAUCAAUAAACAUGGCUUACCAUCGCAGCACGCAGAGGCGCGAGGAAUGAUGUGUGAACUGUGUAAAAUAUAUACAAUAUGUAAUUAUGUAAAUAUAAAUGGUGCAUACGAGGAAACAAAAGUCAUUGCGUGUAGAACGUAAUUAGAAAACAUUAUGUACGCUCGACGAGGCGUCCCGUAUAUGCGACACAAUUGCGAAACGAAACGUUUCGCGAACGGAACGUCUCGAAUCGUCUAGAUCGGACGCGAGGCUUGGCCAAUAUAACUUGACGUCGGUAUAAAAAAGACCGUGAAGGAUAUUCUUUCGAAGGUACUAUAGAAAAUCAUCGAACGUAAUCGCGGAAAGGCGCAUCGCACGUAUAACUAGUUUCACGGCAAUCGAGGAGAGGCGCUAGUUGUCCAUUUCUGGAGCUUUCUGAAAAUCUGCGCCGGCUCGAGGCUCAACGUUCGCACGAAAUCAUUGCGUAUUUUUGCGGGCACGACAGAAUAAUUCCCGAGAAGUAAAACAAGUAUCACUAUUCUCUGGUGAAGCGUUAUGGAUCAGGUUACUGUGUUAAAAGAGAAAGGGAAUUCUGCUUUGCAAGACGAAGAGUUUGAGGAGGCUAUUAAACAUUACACUGACGCAAUUGCCUUAGACGAAAACAAUCAUCUGCUCUACAGUAAUAGAUCCGCUGCGUACGCAAAGGCUGGGAAAUUUGAACAAGCCUUGAAAGAUGCGGAAAAAACUGUGGCUUUGAAACCGGAUUGGGCUAAAGGUUAUUCUCGUAAGGGUAGUGCUCUUGCUUACAUGGGUAAAUUAGACGAAUCUAUUAGUGCUUAUAAGGCUGGCCUACAAUUAGAACCAGACAAUGCUCAACUUAAGAGUGGUUUGGCUGAAGUCUCAGCUCAAAAAGUAAUUCGUAAUCCCUUCAAUACACCUGGUAUAUUUACAAAACUCGCGAAUGAUCCUAGAACCAAAGAUUUCUUGCAAGAUCCAGAAUAUUUGAAACUUCUGCAACAGUUUCAAACCAAUCCACUUGGGAUGAAAGAUCCCAGACUACUUACAACGCUUAGCGUAUUAUUAGGUCGAAAUAUAGAAGAGGAUGAACCUAUGGAUACAGAUCCCCCUCAAUCUUCGGAAUCUCCAAAGCCUAAACAAGAAUCACCUAAACCAGAAAAGAAAGAAGAGGAUAAUCUUCCACCUGAAGUGAAAGAGGCAUUGAAAGAAAAGCAAUUGGGUAACAAUGCAUAUAAGAAGAAGAACUUCGAAGAAGCUCUCAAACAUUAUAAUAAAGCGGUAGAAUUAGACCCCACAGAAAUUGUUUACUUAUUGAAUAUAGCAGCAGUAUAUUUCGAACAGAAAGAAUAUGAGAAAUGUAUUGCUCAAUGUGAGGAAGCUAUUGUAGUCGGAAGAGAGAAUAGAGCUGACUUUAAAUUAAUAGCAAAAGCAUUUACUAGAAUUGGUCAUGCAUAUAAAAAGAUGGAGAAUUGGAAGCAGGCUAAGGUCUAUUAUGAAAAAUCUAUGUCAGAACAUAGAACACCAGAGAUUAAAACUCUUCUUUCAGACAUUGAUAAAAUCAUUAAGGAAGAAGAAAGAAAAGCAUACAUUGAUCCUGUUAAAGCAGAAGAAGAGAAAGAACUUGGAAAUGAAAAGUACAAAAAUGGAGAUUAUCCUGGAGCAAUAAAACAUUAUACAGAAGCCAUUAAAAGAAAUCCUGAUGAUCCUAAAUAUUAUAGUAACAGAGCAGCCUGUUAUACUAAAUUAGCAGCAUUUGAUCUCGGAUUGAAAGACUGUGAAAAAUGUAUUGAAAUUGACAAAAAAUUCAUCAAAGGUUGGAUCAGGAAAGGAAAGAUUUUGCAAGGUAUGCAACAACAAAGAAAAGCCCUCACUGCCUAUCAGAAAGCAUUAGAGUUGGAUCCCUCAAAUAGCGAAGCAUUGGAGGGAUACCGAUCCUGUGCAGUUUCUGUUAGUUCUAAUCCAGAGGAAGUUAGAAAGAGAGCAAUGGCAGAUCCAGAAGUUCAAAGCAUAUUACGUGAUCCUGCUAUGAGACUUAUCUUAGAGCAGAUGCAAAGUGAUCCUAGGGCUUUGCAAGAUCAUCUGAAGAAUCCUGUUAUAGCUGCAAAGUUGCAAAAACUCUUGGAAUCGGGUAUUAUUGCUAUUCAUUGAGAACAAAAACGUUUAUACUUGUGCAUUGCUUUACGCAUGACAUUUUAUUGUCACCAAGUUCCUUUGUUACUAAGGAAAUUAUGCCGUUCAAUCUCUUUUUGUGUAUUAAAACUAUGUUAUUCAUCGUAUAGGUAGCUUAACGAUCUAUUCGUUGUAUCUAGUUUUUACUUUUUAAGCGCUACACCUUUGGUUUAAAAUACUGAUACUGUAAUAAUAAAGAAAAACAACAAUAGCGAUAAAUACAAUGUAAUUAUAGGAUACUUCUGUGAUUUAUUUAAUAUCAAUUUCAAUAUAAAAGUGCGAUUGAAAGUAUGAAUAUUUGCAAUCUCUUCAAUAAUUUUCACGACAUAAUAUUGAAACAUUUAU